UGCCUGCCCGUGCCCAGGAAAACCGACACCGUGGUGGUGGGCGCCUACGACCAGGACGCACCCGGCCCUGAUCAGCAGAAACUGAAAAUCGAGAAGGUCUUCAAGAACCCCAAGUUCAACAUGCUGACCAUCCACGACGACAUCACCCUGAUCAAACUGGCCACUCCGGCGCAGCUGUCGGAUCGCGUGUCCCCCGUCUGCCUGCCCAAGGCCACCGACGAAUUCCCGGGGGGGAUGACCUGCGUCACCACUGGCUGGGGGCUCACUGACUCCAGCGCCUCGCACACGCCGGCGGUGCUGCAGCAGGCGGCUCUGCCGCUGCUCACCAACACCCAGUGCAAGGAGUUCUGGGGC